GCGAACGGCACGGCCCCUAGCGCUGCGAGAUCUGCGCAUAAUCUGGCUAAAAAAACUAUCCAUGAUGCGCCGUUCCAUUUCUUUUCAUUUCCGUUUGUAGGCAAGCCCGUAGAUACACACAACUCCUUCCACUAGCCGUAGUGGGCUUUGUGCCAGCUUGAGCUCGAGAGGAGCGCGUUCAUCCCGGGCCUUUGGGGCGGGGGACCGAGACUGGCAGCCGUGACGUUUUUUUUUUUUUUUUUUUUGACUUUUUGACGUGAAAGGAAGCCAACGAAGUUCAGGUGGUUUUUUGAGGGGGCAGAACGACGGAACGAGAGAGGAGGGGGGGCGGUGGAGGAAGCUGGCCGCGACGCCUGUCGGGGACGUCAGAGCUUACUCCGCCACUCGUCGGCCUUUCCUUCUUGUCCUUUCUCCGCGGCUACCACAUGAACAACAGAUCCCAACUCCGGGUCACGCUACCCAGCACGGGGCCAUAUGUGUGCGGCGACCUCUCCCCCCCCCUGACAAUCGUAGAGCUGUAGCGCUACGGGUGCAGCUGUCAAUCAUGGAUCUUUUCCCAUGAAUCACAUGCUGGUUUCGGGUCUUCUGAAGGCUUGUAUUUCAAAAUAAGAAAUCAACACUCGGAAUGAAAUGAAAAUGAAAAAAAAAACAUGGAAGAGAAAAGAAAAGAAAGAAGAAGAAAAAAAAGAAUCGCGGACGUACGGUUUGACUGCAUUGCGCGACGCGAUUGAGGUAGGCUCCCUUCCUCCCUCAUGUCCCAUCCUAUUCGGCUCGGGUUUGUCGAUUGGCCCGAGGACCUGCACGUUGGAGUCAUGGCGUCAUGGUGGUGCAAGCUCCGUGCCCGUGGAAUUUUUCUUUGCAGGAGGUGCGCUAGUCGUCUAUUGCGCUGGCAUGGACACGAGGGGGGAGGGCAGUGACAGUUACUAUGCGCACGACACCCUUUGAAGGGAAUCAGGUUAGAAAUGGGCCUUGAUCAUCGGGUCAGAUGCGAUCCCCCCUCAAGGGUGGGCUGUGUAUGCGUGCGCACGCCUCGUGAGGGGGGACAAUGGGAAAAAGGCCUCAACUUUCUUUUCACGCUUCACUAAUCCAUAGCAGGCCAUUCGUCGC